UUCAAUCUACAUUUUACAACCUGAGCAUGUAAUCAGAAGACGCGAUAGCGAUGUGAUGGGUGGUUUUGGGAGCGCGCACAGGUGAAACACACGGAAUGACGCACUCAGCAGUUUUGUCCCCGGCACGUCACUUCCCAGGGAAGUCCAACAACUUUUCCAUCGGGGCAGCAGGCUGCAGUGGGAGGAGGCACGUUUAGGAUUAUGUGGGGUCUUUGCCAAGGCGGUAGAACAGAGUUUGAAUCGCUGUGGCGCACGGUGACUUAAUAGUUUGGUGUUUCCACCCCUGAAAAGUUACCUUCUUUUCUCGAUUUGCCACUUGGAGCGAUGCGUAAAAUCAGCCUUGCCCGGACGGUUUGACCCACACAAACGGCGAGUUUGAAGGCUGUUGUUUUGGAGAUGGCCUGAAGUUGCUUUUGCCUAGAGACCUUUCUGCUUAGUAACCCUGCAAUUUGCGGAGUGGCUGGAGAGCUCGGAUCAUGCAGCUUAUAUAGAACAGCUGGAGUUGAUCCCAGUCUGGACUCCCUGCUUUUGUUGUUGGGGAGGAGAUGAGUGCUCGGGAUGGGACUGUGCCUCGGUACCGAAACCACAGAGGAGAAGAAGGCGAGGAUACACAGCGCCAAAAUCGACAGAGACCUGUACGAGUAUGCCAAACGGGAGAUGAACGUGGUUAAGAUACUCCUGCUCGGUGCAGCAGAGAGCGGGAAAAGUACUUUGGUUAAACAGAUGAAGAUCAUCCACAGUAACGGAUUCAACAAGCAAGAGCUCACCACCUUCAAGCCUGCAGUGCUGGAUAACCUCCUGACCUCUAUGAAGUUUGUCCUCCAUGGCAUGGGUGUCCUCCGGAUCAACCUGGCUAACAGCAGGAACAAGGUCCACGCCCAUUCUGUCCUGUCGUGUGGGCGGUGCUUUGACGAAGAACAGGUGCUCUUUCCCUUCCUUUGCCACGCCCUGUUCUGUCUGUGGGCCGACCAGGGGGUGAGGGCCGCCGCGGCCCGGGGAUACGAGUACGAGCUCAAUGACUCUGCGCUGUAUUUCUUUGAGAACAUGACCCGCAUCACUUCUCCAGAUUACGUACCCACAGAGACAGAUGUUCUGCGAGUACGACUGAGGACGACAGGCGUGAUAGAGACCCAGUUCAAAGUCAACCACCUCAUUUUCAGGAUGUACGAUGUUGGUGGCCAGAGAACUGAGCGGAGGAAGUGGAUUGGUUGCUUUGAGGAUGUCAGGGCGGUGCUGUUCGUGGUGUCGCUCAGCGGUUACGACAUGACCCUGGUGGAGGACCCCUCCAUGAAUCGUCUUCAAGAGAGCAUGAAGCUCUUCUCUGCCAUAUGCAACAACGUUUUCUUCCGCAGCACCUCCAUGAUUUUAUUCAUGAACAAGAUAGACCUUUUUCAAGACAAGAUUUUACGCUCGGGGCGACAUCUGCGGUUAUACCUGCCAGAGUUUAAAGGUGCAGACUGCGAUGUGGAUUCAGCCGCCCGCUUCAUCGCCGCCACCUUCGUCUCGCUCAAUGCCACGCCCAGCAAACUCAUCUACCAUCACUUCACGACAGCGACCGACACCUCCAACAUCCAGGUCGUCUUCCAGGUGGUUAUGGACACGAUAAUCAAAGAGAACCUGGAAGCCGUGUCGCUCCUUUAACUGGCAAUGAAGGUGCGACACUUCACGGGACAGUUGAGCACAUUUUAAAAGACAGAAGAGAAUAUGAAGAUCAUCUGUUCCAAAGAUCAUAUUGUCUCUGGAUGCUUUUUUUUUUUUUUGCAACCGUUGCAUUUCAUCUUCUGUGAUGUUUGAUUUCAUGUACAGUAGUUUAGAAAAACUGCUUGACAAAACAUUGAAGAAGAAGGGCCGCUUGGUCAGUCAUUUGUUGUGGGGUUGAGCCCUAAAAAUGUUGAUUUUGAAACCUUGUGUUGUUAGUAAGGUGCAUUUAUAUUUUAGUACUGUACUAUAGUCAGACUGUGUAUGAUGAUGUGACUGUCUUUGAUACACAUGCCUUUUAUUUGCCCCUCUCUUGCUGUGUGUGGGCAGGACACAGAAGGCGUGAGGAUUUACUGUUUGUCCGUUACUCUCUUGGUGCGGAGUUCACUCAUGCAUACCACCGUGUGUUUUCCGCUCAUCCAUCACUGUGUCUCUGCUGUGCACAUCCUGUGCGUCACACCCUCCUAAUGAGGCGGCGAUCGCUGUAAAAGCUCCCCAGUUUGUGUUUACUCAUAAUGAGCUGAAGUCACACACUCGCGUUCAUUUUAAUCAGUUCCUUUGCUCGUUCCCCUGACUUACCUUUCAGCAUAAUGCAGAAAUUAAUAUUAGAAAUAGGGAGGAGCGUAUAUAAAGAAACAUCCCUGAAGCUUCCAACUUGUGUUCAAUUUCCUUCUUUCUACCUCUAAUGAUUAUUGUUCCAAUAUAUGACAAACACAUUCAUUUAACCUGAUUUGUUGACCAGGAUGAUGCAUCCUAUAUGUGAUUUGUGUGGCAUGAAGUCCUGGCUCUGACUGUUCUGACGGCUCCCCUGAGCGAGUGAUUGUGUUAUCACAGCAGCUCCUCUCUGACUCCAGUAAUAAACAGGACAUAGUAAUGACUGAUACGCUCUGAUAGAGAUACUAAAAAUGGAAAAAGAAAAAAAAAACACCCCCAAGUGCCUUAUAAAGAACUGGUCUUGCUGUAGUAUAAUUUAAAUGCUUUGCACAUAUGAAAUAUCGCUGUAUUUUUCACUUUGUAUGUCAUACGCUGUACUCUUAUACAUCAUGUUGUCAGACUGUUAUUGUUUAUACCUUCUUUGUGUUGUACUGAAACCGCAAUACAAAGUAAAUGAGA